AUGGCUGAGAAUUACGUCCUUCGCAUCACAGCUGGGCCUGAUUAUGACCCAAGUCAAAUGGUCGAGGUCCCAGUCAAUACCGCCAAGCCCGUCACCAUCAAAAGUGACCGCGCAGAUAUUGAUCUCAACGUCCGCAUCAACGACUACAAGGGCCUGCCACGGAACUCACCCAAAACAUCUCCCUACUUUUCUACUGAGCCUCACGCAUAUAACAAGGAUCAAUACAGCAUCUCAUUCCGUUUCACACCCAAGAAACCUUCUAAUGGCGACACUGAUGAUACCGACGGCAUCAAGGCUACCGAUCUACAAUUCGGCAAUGACUUUGAUCGCCCUAUCCGGGACCGUCUACCACCCGGAUUUAACACUGCUAUGAGCAUAGUUCGGUGGUGGAUUGAUCCUGGUCUGGAUGGCGAUGCAUACGCCGAUAAGCCCUUCUUGUACGGCCCAGCGUUAAGCUCCUUCAACACUGUUCAUGUCGGGAAGGGCGAGUUCGAUGAAGAAAAGGGUGGCCUUUGGUUCGAGGAAGGUGGCGACCAAGACGGUCUCGAGGCCCGUGAAGAAGUUGGUGCUCCUCUUACUAGCAAGGCGCGAAUGAAGUGGGCUCUCCGAGCAGACAGUAAGGAGAAAUGGGUGUUUGAGUAUGGUCAGACAUACGGCCUCGACUUCUUUAACCCAUAUCUUAACUUCUCCGAGCUCGCUCUGAACCUACCUGGCUUCCAACUACCUAUCAUGAAGUACUGGGAUGGUCAAGGUCUAAGGCCCGGUCCGAAACGCUCACAUCAACUCAGAUAUGUUCUACGCAACAAAGAGACUGGAGAGCCAUAUCUCGUUAUUCUGUUUUCUCUGUACCACAAAGAUUACGUGAACGAGGACGGUUCGUUGAAGGAAGGUGCUGAGGACUCAUUGAAGCUACCGGACAACGACGACGCGCAGUAUGAUGAUUUCGAUGGAGACGGGGCACUGAAAGAGGCGACGGAACAGCUUGGCCCCAAGAUUGACGAGAAGGAGAAGGCACAGACGAGUGCGGAUGAUAUCGAUUGA